UAUAAAGUUCGGCAACGAUAGGAAAAUGAAAUAUCGCGAUAGAAUGUGGGCAAAAUGCGCAUGCGCAGUGCCUAUGUUUACAUACGCUCAUACGCACAUGGUAGAAAAAGUAUGGCGGCAAUGGAGGAUGACACGGACGAAAGCGCAUCUUUGAAUGAAGCAGGUGAACCAGAACUGGUCAGUAAAAACGGUGCAACUUCGGUGGUGUGGAAGUGGUUUGGUUUUCGUCCAUCGGAUACCCACCAAAGCAGAAUUUUUUGUAGAACGUGCAAGCGGGCCGUCUUGGCGAAGGGAGGAAACACAACAAACCUAUUUCAUCAUUUGAAGCAGAAGCACUUCUUGGAGUACAAAAAAGCUGUUAAAGCACGUGAAGAGUUGUCCGCUUCAACUAGCGAGGUGGUGAGACCAAAGAAGAUGACUCAACAAACAAUCGACGUAGCUUUAAAUAGCUGCACGCCUUAUGACAAAAGUAACAAACGCUGGGGGGAACUAACUAAUGCAGUGACACAUUGUUUAGCCAGGGAUAUGAUGCCUGUUCAGAGUGUGGAAAGAGAAGGUUUCAAAAAGAUGCUUAAAACGUUCGAGCCACGCUACAAGCUACCCACAAAGAAAUACUUCUCUAAAGUCGCCUUGCCUGCUUUAUAUGAAGAGAUCCGCACUGAGGUGUCAAAUGCGUUAUCUUCGGUGGAGUUUUUUGCGUCCACCACGGACAUGUGGUCAAGCCGAACAUCAGACCCCUACAUGAGCCUCACAAUACAUUACGUGGACAAAGACUGGAAGCUACAAAACAAGUGCCUCGAAACAAGUUUUUUCCCCGAGGACCAUACUGGGGAAAAUAUAGCCAGAGUCUUAAAAGAGUUCGUCAGCUCGUGGAAUCUUCAGGAGGAAAAACAAGUGUGUGUGACGACAGACAACGGGGCCAACAUUGUGAAAGCCGUCGCACUCAACAACUGGACCAGACUUUCAUGCUUCGGACAUCGCCUGCACAUUGCAAUAGAAAGAAGUGUGAAGGACCCAAGGAUCGAACGAGCAGUUGGAGUGGGAAAGAAGAUUGUUGCUGCUUUUGGCCACAGCUGGAAGCGCCAGCGAGCUCUGCAGGCUGCCCAAAAGGAACUGGGCCUACCAGAACACAAACUCAUAACUGAAUGUUGCACUCGUUGGGGUUCAAAGCAGAGAAUGAUCCAACGGCUGCUGGAACAAGAAAAAGCUAUAACACAGGUUUUAGCUGCUGAUAAAACCACAAGGCACCUCAUGUUGACAUGGCAAGACAUUGAAGUACUUGACUCGGUCAGCACUGCAUUGAGUCCACUCCUAGAGUUUACAGAUGCUUUCUCUGCUGAAGAGUAUGUAACCAUUUCAUGUGUUAAGCCUGUUCUUCAGAUGUUUAACAAUGACAUGUUAAAAGUAAAAGAAGGCGACACUGAACUGACCAAAGACAUCAAAACAGCAAUACUUGACUACAUGAACAAAAGCUACAAAGACAGUGUCACAGAGGGGCUUGUUAACAUGGCUUCUUUCCUUGAUCCACGGUUUCAUACAGAAUAUUUCAGUGAGAGUGAAAGUGAAGCCAUCAAAGUUCAAGUCAUGAGUGAACUAGAGCAUCUUGUCCCACACCAGGGUAGCACAGCCACAUGUUUUUCAGAAACACCUCAUACAUCUACUGGUGACCAAACAAGUCAGGGAGCUGUUAAAAAGCAAAAGAAGAGUCUCGGGAGUUUUUUGAAGGGACCAGUUAGUGGCAAGAUAGAGGUAACUGGAGAGAGGUUAUCAUCUGAACUGAGCAGUUAUGUGAAUAGUCCACCAGCAGACAGUGAGUGUGAUCCUCUUUCUUGGUGGAAAGUUCACACAGUAAACUUUCCCCACAUCAGCAGAUUAGCUAGGAAAUACCUCUGCAUUCCAGCAACUAGCUCUGCAUCUGAAAGGUUGUUCAGCACAGGUGGAAAUGUUGUAACUUGUCAAAGGUCCUCCCUUAAGCCCGCAUCUGUGAACAUGUUAGUGUUUCUGACAAAGAAUCUUAAAACUUGAAAUGUAAAAAAAACUUCCAGGAGCAGUAGCAUAAUUUAUCUAUGUUUUUGUUUGUUUUGUAUUUACUCAAGAGUUUGUGCAAUAUUAUUAUUUGACUUAUUGAUUUUGCACACUGCACUUUUGUUGCAAAGCACCUCCUAUGUUUUGUGGAUAUACAUGAUUAUGGAUAACCAUGUAUAUAACAGGAUAAUCACUGUUGAAUUUUGUGUGGCUGUAAUGCACGUUAAAAUAAACAGCUGCUUGUUUAAACAAAAAUAAAUUGAUGGGGUUUUUUUCCACUAAUAAAGUUGUAGA